CUUGUCACAGUUUUUGUCAGAUGAAGGACAAGCUAUGGUAUCACCACUACCAUCAGGGAUAUCUACCACUUUGUUGACUACAUUGAAGAUCACAGAUUUCUUAAAGUGGAAACCUUGUUCCCAUUCUGUCAUUCCAUACACUCUCACUAAUGGAAGAUUCAAUAAUGAAUGUGGAGAGUUCACUGACAAUGUGACCUUACCGUCUUCAGUAUCUUGUAGUAUAGGAGCCUUCUCUUCUAUAUGUUCAAACAUUUCAUGUUGUACCCAGCUAGACUUUGUCUCUAGGGGUAUUGAGACUAAAGUCAUUGUUGAUCCAUGUAAUUAUGAGUUGACCAUACAUGUUGAGAACAUGACAAUGACCACAUCCUUGUUGGAUUACCAAUGGGGUACAGAGAAGACAUUUUCACUCCAGGGAGGAAUUAGGAUCAAUUUCACUUUGAAUGAUUUAGCCAAUGAAAAUGUGUUUAUGGUGAAGUUUAGUAUCCACCUGUGUUUAGAGACCAGUAACCCAAAUAACUGCGUUGUCGACCUGCCUAUAAUGGACAAUGUGAAAUUACCAAAAGGGACCUGUGACUGGAAAAAAGGAUUUAAUAAUGACAAAUUCAUCUUACAAGGCUGGCUAGGUGAGACUUACACAAAUAAAGAUAUUCUUGAUCCAUAUGUUGUCAAUGAGUUGAUGAGAGAUUUACACUUGAUUGACUACCUUAUGGAGCCUCAAUGUAAUGUGUCUACAGCCCCAUAUACACCAGUGAAUGCUCAAGGCUGGAAUAUAAGUCCAGGAUGCACUUCAGCACCAACUCUUCCUACAUUGACAUCAGAAGUGACUUGUAACCUAGGUGACAGCUGUACAAGUAUAAAGUGUUGUGUGACCUCUGUCAAACUUGGUAGGACUUUCACAAUUGACCUUGACCUUGAUGUAUGUAACCAAACAUUUAUGGUUGGAGUAGACAGAUUGACCAGGACUGUAGCACUGGCUAGUUUUGUAUUUAGUCAGGAAGAUGUCUUCUCCUUUGAUGGCCUUAUAAAUGUCAAGUACAAGAUAGAUGACUUCCAAAGUGAUAACCAGUACAUGAUAAACCUUGAUAUUGACAUCUGCUACCGUGCCAACCAACCUUCUUGUACUGUACAGCUGCAGAUCCUUCAUGAUGCCCGACUAACAAAGGAAACAUGUACUGUAGAUACUGGAUUUGCUAUUCCAAAUUUUUCCUUGGCAAAUUGGUUGACAUCACAAGGUAUUUCACCAAGUAUAUCUGUGAUACCAAGCUACAUUGUGGAUUUACUGACAGAGGACCUUGGUAUCAAUGGAUAUUUGAAGGCUCCUUCAUGUGUAAUGGCGUCGUCUGGAUGGGACACUUCCGCUUGUCCAGAAACAGUUUCUUUGACAACGCUUCCAUCUUAUACAUCAUGCCAACUGCCAUCUUACUGUACUGGUGUGCAAUGUUGUACAGAGAUUGGAAUUCUGGGAAGGUCCUGGCAGACGUUUGUUCUGGUAGAUACCUGUAAAUACCGUGUCAGUAUAGGGAUAGAGAACCAGAUGGUUAACAUCACUCUGUUUGAAUUUGUACAGGGAACCUGGGCAACUGUUACCUUGGGAAAUGUUUUACGAUUAGGAUACAUGGCCAAGGAGAUAACUGCUGAAAAUGUAUAUCAGUUUACAGUUAAUGUCAGUAUCUGUUUUGAGAGUUCUGGUGACUGUCAUUAUGAAUAUACAGUGUUUGACAAUACAAAGAUCCCUAUACCACCUUGUAACUGGACAGACACAGAUUAUAAUGUCCCAGGUUUCCAGCUUUCCAACUGGUUGAAUGAAUUUGGCUACCCAGACACUGUACCAUUAUCAGACCUGGCAGCUACACAGCUGAUGGAACAUCUUGGUCUCUCUGCAUAUGUUAACCCGACACAGUGUGAUAGGUCAAGUACUCUAUACAUACCAGGCAUAAACGGAUGGAAAUCAGGUUGUACCUCUGUAACUCCUACCACCACCUUGGGUAAUGAUGUUUCCUGCUACCUUUAUGACUCAUGUACUGGUGUCAUCUGCUGUCUAAAUUCAACAAGACUGGAUAGGACGUUUAACUCCUACCUCAAACUGGAUCCCUGUACACAGAAAUUGAUGAUUGGAGUAGAAAAGUACCAGUUUGAAUUUUCUCUAUUUGAUUUCCAGUUUGAUGUGGAUCAAAUAUUCCAUUUAGAUAAAGUUCUACAUAUAUUAUACAAGGUAAAGGAUUUGCCUGGGGACCGAGCCUAUUUAGUGGACAUGACACUUUUAUUCUGUUUGAAUGAUCCUUCACCAUGUGAUGUUAAUGUUACCAUCUUUGACAAAACAAAAUUACCCAAGAAUGAUUGUCCAUGGUCUACUGGAUUCCAACAAACUGACUGGUCCCUAAAUGACUGGUACACUGACAAUGGUUUUACCAACAACACAGACCUAUCAGCAGACGCCAUAGCUAAGCUGAUGGAAGCUCUUGGACUGACAGAGUACAUGUUAGAUACAUCAUGUUAUAGGACAGAUUCUUCUGUUUAUGCUCUAGCUUAUCAAGGAUGGAGCUCUGGUAAAUAA